AUGACGACAAAUCAAGAAAAGCGACAACGGAAGAAUGAACGCUCCAGGUUCAAACGGCGCUCCGAUCGGUUAUUGGAGUACGGCGAUGAGUUCGGCAAGCUUUUUGAUUCAAAGGUAUAUCUCCUUGUUCAAAGCCAAGAAGGAGACCUUACUAUAUACAAUAAUCGUUCUGAGAAUGAGUGGCCACCCUCUCAGUCUGAAUUUCCUGGACCCUCCGAACAUAGAAACCCCCAGAACAUAGGUCAGGGUGGCAGGCGCCCCAGGUCUAAAUUUGAGAAGAAGAAAGUGCAGCUUCUCUCCUAUGCGAAUGAAUUCGCUCACCAGUUCUCGGCGAAGAUUUACUUUGCGAUCCAAUGCCGAACUGGAUAUACAAUUAUCUAUAAUAGUAGCUCUUCGAGAAGGUGGCCGCCUUCUAAGAAACAAGUUAAGUCGCUAGUGCCAUUCGCCAAACGGAGAAGCCCUCAGGAUUUUGACGGUAGCCCCGACCUUCCAUCAGGGAAUCAGCCGACACAGUUAGUCGGGCUAUAA